CACACUUUUGCCUAUUUUGCCGGUAAUCUUCAAUAUUUUUGUUGUUCCUAAAUUGCACUAUAAAAAUUAUUAAACAAUGUCAGAAAAUACAGAAUUGAAUACUGCAAAAGCAACCGUUGAAGAAUUAUCGGUUAAAGGUGUUGAAAAAUCAACUAAGGUCCAAAAUAGCGCUGCUGCCGUUGAAGAUCCCGCAGAGAAUACACCAAAGAAAGAGGUGUCACUUCCAACCUAUGAAUUAUCAACAUUUAAGCUAACACGAAUAUUGCAAAAUAACACGUUGCGGAAAACAAUAGCGCUGCUUGGCACGUUUCCCGACGUCUCCGCUACUGACGUAGCCGUUGUGCUGCUUGAGAAACAAGCGUUCAAAGAACGUGAUGUACAAACAGCGCGUGAACAGAUUGCGGAUGAAGCUCCUAGAAUAUUUAGUGAUGCAUUGCAGGUGCAGACAGAAUUCAUUAAUAAUAUUUAUGGCAGCUUUCAAUGCGUGCCCAAUGCCGAAUUGAAUGCAAUAAAAACGACUGUGGUAUAUCCAGCCACGGAGAAACAUAUUGAGAAAUACUCAAUAACUCAAAAAUACUUGAUUACUGAAACUCCAGAAUUAUAUGAGCAACUAACGUUGCCUUAUAUCACGAGCAGCCAUUUUAGUUUAGACUGGGUAUAUAACAUACUGGAACAUCGUCAAGAAACUGAACGCAUAGUAUAUGAAGAUUCAGAUCCCGAAACAGGGUUCGUGCUUUUACCCGAUUUGAAGUGGGAUGGCAAAACUUUGGAGACACUUUAUUUGCUAGCCAUUGUUCACAAGCAUGACAUCAAAUCUUUACGUGAUCUCAAUAGCACUCAUCUGCCACUUUUGUACAAUCUGCGUGAUGGUAUAGCUAGAACUAUGGAGAAACGUUACGGAUUGUGUGAUUCACAAUUGCGUAUAUAUUUCCACUAUCAACCAUCAUUCUAUCAUCUACACUUACAUAUUAAUCCGGUGCGUGGAGAUGCGCCAGGUAUUUGGUGUGAAAAAUCGCAUAUGUUAGAUACGGUUAUCAGUAAUAUAGAAUUAAUGCCGGACUAUUAUCAGCGAGUGACAUUGCCUUUUGUUUUGUUCGAGGGAAGUAAGUUACUAGAUGAAUAUGACGAACGAAAAGCUGUGCGAAAGCAUAUUAAAACUGUGGCGGAAGAGCUUGAAAUAAAAGAGGGAGAACAAGUUAAAAAAAAUAAUGUAUUGGCUGACGAGUUGGAAAAAAUCGAAUUACCAGAAUCUGGAACGGAGACAGAAGAGCCACCUGUAAAGAAAACUAAAUUGGCAGCGGAUGUUGAACAGCCGCCUGAAUUUCUAAAGGCCGCAGCAGAAUAAAUGAAAAUAAUUUUUUUUCCACACAUGCAUAUAUUCCAAAGUUAUUUAAAAAAAAAGAAAAAAAAAAAUUACUAAUGUGAUGCAUUAAUUGUAUUUCAUAAAUGUGCUUUAGAGAGGAAAAAUGCAGACAAAUAUAUUGUUUUUAAUUAAAGUAUAGAAAAAAGUUAAAAGUAAAAAUAAUAAAAUAAAAAUAAGCAUACGUAUGUAGCAGCUGUUUACUGUUGCUGUGUAUUGUAUUUGGUUGAAGCAAAUACUCCAUUGGUAUAAUCGAAAAAUAAAUGAAAAGUCCGCUGCAACUAAUUAAACAAUCAAA